AGACAUUCAUUCUGAACCACGUGUGUAUGAGCGAGUAUGAGCAACACAAAACAUUAUUCUAUGGAAAUGAUAUUGAGAAAAGACUGUGUCUGAGUCAUGGCGGGUAAAGGAGAGAGUCAUGCCAAAGUGGAUGAAGACAAAAAAUAUGUUGAAGAUAAGGAGCUGAACUUGCCUGAAAAGGGCGAUGCAUGUGAGCAGGAGGAAGUGGGAAAUGUGAGCAACGACUCCGAAGAUGGGGAGCACAUGGGUGAUUCUGGCAGCGACAGGAAAACCAAAGGCAAGAAGUGUGUCCCUGGCAUAGUGUACCUGGGGCACAUCCCCCCGAGGAUGAGGCCCAAGCAUGUGCGCAACAUGCUGGGUGCGUACGGCGAGAUCGGGAGGAUCUUCCUCCAGUCAGAAGACCGCUCCAUUAGGAGGAAGAAGAGGAAAGCGGGUAGCCGUGGGUCGAGCUUCGUCGAGGGCUGGGUGGAGUUCAGGGACAAGCGCAUCGCUAAGAGAGUGGCACUAAGUCUCCAUAACACGCCCAUAGCCAACCGCAAGAGGAGCCACUUUAACAGUGACCUUUGGUCCAUAAAGUACUUGCACAGGUUCCAGUGGUGCCACCUAAGCGAGAGGCUGGCGUACGAGCAGACGGUCUAUCACCAACGCAUGAGGACAGAGAUCUCGCAGGCCAAGCGUGAGACCAACUUCUACCUGGCCAGCGUGGAGAAGAGCCAAACCCUGGACAGGCUGAGGAAGAAGAAGGAGAGGAUGGGUGAAGGCCACGAGCAGAAGACCUGGGACUUCACGCAGCGCCGCACAGAAGAUGAGAUCAGGCUGGAGCGCAUGAAGAGGAGUGGCCUGUCCAAGAAGAACCUGCAGAGAGCUCAGGAGAAGACCAAAGCCAUACAGGAGAAAGCUCAGUCCAACACUGGCUUGCUGGCCAAGAUCUUUAGCAAUGGGAGAGCCCAGGACUGAGCUGCAUUAUCGGUCGGGUUUUCACCUUUCUUCAGCUGUGACUGCACACAAAUGUACAUUGCUAACCUUUGCCCUAUCACAGGUUCCUUUACCUGUACUUCAUCCAGGGAAAAACUCUGAAUUGAAUCUUCUAAUAUGGUGUAUUUCAAUUCACUUUUUUCUACUUGUAGACUGUAAUGCCAUUGGAUACCAAUUAAUAAAGCAACUGUCUAUAAAGAGUUACAAAUAUUAGAUUUUCCAUGGAAACAGUGUCUCUUGUGAAGUUGUACUUCAUGACACAUUUGUAUGCAAAUAAUUGUAUAAGGUCAUUUUAGACAUAUAGACCCAAAAGCUUACUAGAUUUACAGUAGUUGUCAUGUUUCUCAUUACAAACAGGUUUUUAAAGGGACAAAUUACAUUCUUUGAUGAGUACUAUUCAAAUCACUAGCUUUAGUAAAUCUUUUUUCUUUUCUUUUUUUUUUGUCAAAAAGAAUUUACAGGCCAUUUCCCAAAAUCAGUUCUGUCUUACUCAAUGGGAAUAAAACAGGAGUGAAACUAA